AACUUUUUGCUGAUAAAGCAAAAAAUAGAGUUCUGUUAUCCAGAGGGACAAGGGUUUUGUAAGUUUAAAGAUGAGUAGCAAAAUGUUGCUUAGAGGAACACCAUUAACAUUAACAUUAUGGAAUCCAAAAAUCCAACACAAGUUGUUACAGUUACGAAGGUUGUCUUCAAAAACAAAUUGUUCUUCUCUUCAACCUCCUAAUGUUUCUCAUUUGGCAAAAACUGCUCAUAUCUCUCUUACCCCAACUGAGGUUGAAGAAUUUGGUCCUAAAAUUCAGCAGGUGAUCGGCUGGUUUGGACAGUUGCAGGGUGUUGAUCUGCAAAGCAUUGAGCCCUCCAUUAGAGCAGACACUGAAAACAAUUUGCGCGACAAUACUCCUGAAAUAUUUGAUCAUCGGGAUGCGAUCAUCGCUUCUGUUCCAAGCUAUGAGGAGCCUUACAUUAAAGUUCCAAAGGUCCUAAACGUGGACUGAAGUUGCUUAGUUAUUGUCUUGUACUUAUAAUUUUGUGGUUCUAUAUGAACCAUCUCUUAUUCUAAAUUUUCACAAUGGAAAUCAGCUCAAUGAUUCUGUACAUGGAUAAAUUUUUGAAAUUAGCUUAUUGUAACUUUUGAAAUUAGCAUAUCAUAAUUUUUUU